AUGGCUGAAAAUGAUGGUGCUGGUGGCUCUCCGGGAACCUCCAUGCACGGAGUCACCGGCAAAGAACAAACGUUUGCCUUCUCCGUUACAUCCGAUCCAAAUAUCCCUACGGACACAAUGGCGAAAUUCGCCUUACCAGUUGAUUCUGAACACAAAUCAAAAGUCUUUAAAAUUUUCUCCUUUGCGAAACCACACAUGACAACUUUCCACCUUUCUUGGACUUCGUUCUUCACUUGUUUCAUCUCCACUUUCGCUGCUGCACCCUUAGUCCCAAUUAUUCGGGACAACCUUAACCUAACAAAAUCCGACAUUGGAAAUGCCGGAAUCGCCUCGGUUUCCGGUAGUAUUUUUUCUAGACUUGUUAUGGGUGCGGUAUGUGAUUUGUUAGGCCCGCGUUACGGGUGCGCUUUUCUCAUGAUGUUAACCGCUCCAACGGUUUUUUGCAUGUCGUUCGUGUCGUCGGCCGGUGGAUACAUCGCGGUUCGAUUCAUGAUUGGAUUUUCGUUAGCUACGUUUGUUUCGUGUCAGUAUUGGAUGAGUACGAUGUUUAAUAGUAAAAUUAUUGGAGUAGUUAAUGGUACGGCAGCAGGGUGGGGAAAUAUGGGUGGUGGGGCCACUCAAUUGCUCAUGCCUUUACUUUAUGAGCUGAUCCGCCAGGCCGGGGCCACCCCGUUCACGGCCUGGCGAAUCGCCUUUUUUGUACCGGGAUGGUUACACGUGGUCAUGGGUUUAUUGGUUUUAGGGCUAGGUCAAGAUUUGCCGGAUGGAAAUCUUGGUACCUUACAAAAGAAAGGAGACGUUGCAAAAGAUAAAUUCUCAAAGGUUCUUUGGUAUGGUGUGACAAACUAUAGAACAUGGAUUUUUGUUCUUCUAUAUGGGAUGUCACUAGGUGUGGAAUUAACCACUGAUAAUGUCAUUGCUGAAUACUUUUUCGAUAGGUUUAACCUUAAGCUUCGAACGGCCGGUACAAUUGCUGCAACAUUUGGCAUGGCUAACAUAUUGGCUCGACCCUUGGGAGGCCUAACUUCAGACGUUUUAGCUAACCGAUUCGGUAUGAGAGGUCGUCUAUGGAAUCUAUGGAUCCUCCAAACAUUCGGGGGAAUCUUUUGUAUUCUCCUCGGAAAAUCCGAAAAACUCCCAAUUUCAAUUUUAUCAAUGAUACUUUUCUCAAUUGGUGCACAAGCUGCAGCUGGUGCAACAUUUGGUAUUAUCCCUUUUAUUUCGAGGCGAUCGCUUGGUGUUAUCUCUGGUCUAACUGGAGCUGGUGGAAAUUUUGGAUCGGGUUUAACUCAACUUCUUUUUUUCACCAACGCGAAUUAUUCAACAUCGACUGGAUUGUUGUAUAUGGGUGUGAUGAUUGUGGUGUGUACACUUCCCGUCACGUUGGUGCAUUUUCCACAAUGGGGAAGUAUGUUUUUACCACCUAGUAAAAAUAUCGCGAAAUUUAAUGAAGAAUAUUAUUAUGGGUUGGAGUGGAAUGACGAGGAGAAGUUAAAGGGGUUGGAUGAGGGGAGUUUGAAGUUUGCGGAGAAUAGCCGGUCGGAAAGAGGCCGGCGGGUGGUUUCCGUGACAACUCCGCCGGAUGCUACACCACCUAUUGUGUGA